CACGCCCACUUCACUGUUUUCUCCUUCCUGCAUCCUUUCUCACUCACAACGCUGAGGACCUGUGAGCACGCUUUGUUCCCUUGAUUCCGCUCAGUAUUUCGUUAGACUUCUGGAAGUUCAGAUGCCGGUUGUCUGAACAUGUGGAGGGCAAUACUUAUCCUCUGCCAUGUUCUGGUGCCUGGUCAGCUUGUCCAGUCGCCCGAUGAGUUGAGAACCACCAUCACUCCUCAAGACUGUGGACUGUCAUGUGUACGCCAGGGAGGACCGGGUUGUGACUACUGCAGAAUAAGCAGUGAUGAUGUGAAUGCAGCUCUGGGCCUGACCUCCAAAAAUCAGUUUGGAACUUGUUUACCAUGGCCAUGUUUUAAGCUGUUGGGUGAAGAGGACCCUGGCAUCUGUAACCACUACGUUCAAGCACCCACUGAUGUGACUAUUGAGUUUGUACCCGAUCCAGAGCCCAAGUCUGAUACUAUGGUUGUCUCCUGGAAGCCAAGUCAAUAUGGUAUCACCUUCUUGCGAGGCUUUCAGGUGACCCUCCAGCCCCUGGGAGGUUUCGGUGUUGCCUGUCAGCUCUUUCUUUUCCAGAAAAACCUCACGCUCUCAGUUUCACACGCUCAAAAGGUGUACAAGUCAGAACCUUUCCCCGGUCUCUCCCUUGGGUCCGAUUUUGCCGUUACUGUUAUGGCUCUGCCGGUGCCUGAGAAGUGGGAGCACUUUUAUCGUAGCAAGAUCUUCUCCACACGCUCAUGUGCAGAGAAAAACGGAUUUCAGCGGUGCAAAGCAGACUGGUACCCAAAUUACAUUGAUGUUCAGCAGAGGGGAACUGUGAUCAGCAUCACCUUCAACCUGGCACCUCCUAACUUGGGCAUCACAAGCUACUUUUCGUAUUGUUCAGCAAACGGAAAGACCACAUACGCAGAGAUGGCACCUAACACUUCCCGAAACCAAACACACCACACCUUUGAGCUCAGAGACCUCGAAGAAGGAAGCAAUUACACAUGCGAGAUAGCUGCAAACGAAAUGGACGCAGUGAGGAAAUUAUUCAAGUUUCAGUUUGAGCGCCGAGGAGCUGCCUCAGCAUCUCCCUGCUGGACUAUGGUGCUUCCUGUCGGUUUUGCUGCUGUCUGUAUUUUUGUAGUGCUGUUGGCUGUUCUUAGGCUGACACCUUGCAUACAAAUGAAGAAGCCUUGUAUCAAAUCAGAUUUAAUUGAGCAGCUGGAAGAAGUGAAGGCCCAGGAGGAAGUGUUGAUACUGUCUGAAAACCAGAAGAGUCCUCGCCUUCUGAUUUGCUACAGCAGCAAUGAUGGCCCCGCCCACGUCAAUGCGGUCAUGAAGCUUGCCGCCUUCAUGCAGCAACACAUGGCAACUCAGGUGUGCCUGGAUCUUUGGGAUUUUCUGGGCCUGGCCGAGGAGGGAAGCAUGGCCUGGUUCUGCCGUCAGAUCCAGGAGAGCGACUUUGUUUUGGUUGUUUGUUCCUGGGGUCUCUGCUGCAAAGGUGGAACCUCAGCACAGGGCUCUCUGGACUCGGAGGUGAUGGUCGGCCUCAUAGGAGCGGAAGUGGGCCGAGCCAAAUCUGACGGCAAGGACCUAUCCAAGUACAUGGCAGCCAUUUUCAACUACUCCAAGGAGACAGAUAUCCCCACCGAACUGGGGCUGGUGUUCCGCUACAAGCUGCCUGCGGACUUGCUGCUGCUUUUCUCCCAACUCCACCAAGUCCGCCUUCACACACCAGGUCGCUAUAUGAAGAUAAACAACAUCUCAGAUGAAGAUUUUGCCUUGUCACCUGCUGGACAGGCUUUGCAGCAGGCAAUCAGUGACACUGAGGAGGCAAUGAAGGAAAACCAAAAGAAAAUAUUGGAUAGUGAGGAGGGAGGCAAAGAAGGAAAUGCAAAUGCAUAGGAGAAAUGAUCAAAAAGAUAUUAUUAAUAAUAUUUUUCCCUCCCUUUCACUGAAGCUAAUGAAGGCCAAAAGUCUCUCAUAAAUGGCCAGAGGUUAUGAUUUUGAAGCUAAACUAUUACAACAAGAUAUCACUUCUUUGUGUAUCCAAAGGAUGUGUGAAAGGGUUAAUUAAGAUUACGUGAUCAAAAACUAGUAUUUUUAUAACAUUUGCUGUUCUAUUUAAAAAUAUAUAUUUAAAAGCUAAUGUAAUAAUGGUGUGAUUACUGAUGUCUAUGAAUAAGCUAUUA